UGUACUCUUAAGGAUGAUUCUUUAAGUCAGUAUAGAUGGAUACUCUGUACUCUUAAGGAUGAUUCUUUAAGUCAGUAUAGAUGGAUACUCUGUACUCUUAAGGAUGAUUCUUUAAGUCAGUAUAGAUGGAUACUCUGUACUGCUGUUGUUGAACAUGUUCCACUAGAUAGAGUCAUAAGGUUUACAGGAAGUCAUCAUAAUUAAACACAUGAGAUAUUCCUGCUGGAUUGUACAUUAUACUGUGAAACAUCCAUGUAGCCUGGUCCCAGAUCUGUUUGUGCUCUCAUGUCAACUCCUGUUUGCCUUGACAAGUAGUGGCAUGAUGUCACAAACAGCCUGGUACCCAGGCUAACAUCAUUGUAUUAUGAGUUAGAAUUUACUGAGCACAUAUUUUUCUCUCCCUCUCUCACACCGCCUGGACAUAUGUGCCCUGCACGGCCCCCAUGCCUGUCGACCUCCUCGGAAACUGUAUCUCUGAUAUGUGCUAUUGCCAUGACGACAGACGAGGCGACAGAGAACCAGCAUCAGAAGAAGCCCAGCCAGCAGGAGGCAGAGCAGCUUCAGGCCACGCCUCCUGACCACGGACCCACUGAGUCCCAGGCCGCCACAACCCCCACCACCUCGCCCCAGAGCACUGGCUCGCCCUCGUACUCCUCUCCCCAGGAGGAGGUGCAGCUGAGACCCCGCCGGCGUACCUCGGCCGGCCGCGGCCUCUCGCGCCUCUUCUCCUCCUUCCUGAAGAGGCGUUCCCAGUGCGAGGAGGACGGGGGAGAGAAGGGGGAGAAAGGAGGGGACGGGGAAGAGCCAAAGGCGCCCAUCGCUGACUGUGAACCAGAACUCAAGAUCGAGGGGGAUCAGAACCUUGACCUGCACUCGCUCAGCAGCAACGAGGCGCAGCCUGUCCAGGUAGACCAGAAGGAAGACCCUGACACUGAGAAAGACUCUGAGGAAGAGGGGGGAGAGACAGAUAAGGAAAAAAGAGAAGAGGACAGUGCCCAGGAGAAGGAGAAAGAGGAGGAGGAGCCUGAGGGAGAAGGAGAGAAAGAGGGAGUUGAGAAGACAACAGAGGAAGACGCUCAACCUCCUAAGCCUCCUCGUCGACCCAAGAUCAUGCAAAUUAAAGUUACACUGCUGGACGACACUCUGUUUGAGUGUGAGCUGGAUAAACAUGCCAAAGGUGUGGAGCUGUUCACCAAGGUGUGUGACCACCUCAACCUGCUGGAGAGAGACUACUACGGCCUGGCCAUCUGGGAGUCGCCCUCCAUGAAGACCUGGAUGGAUUUCACCAAGGAGAUCCGCAGACAGGUUCAAGGUGCAAAGUUAGACAAGAUCUGUGCAGACGCACAAUCAUGUACAGGUAACAAUUAUGACUUCACCUUCAAUGUGAAGUUCUAUCCUCCUGACCCAGCCCAGCUUUCUGAAGACAUCACCAGGUACUACCUGUGUCUCCAGCUGCGUAAGGACAUCCUGGGGGGCCGUCUACCCUGCUCCUUUGUCACGCUGGCUCUUCUGGGUUCCUACGCACUGCAGUCAGAGCUGGGGGAGUACGACCCAGAGACACACGCACCAGACUACGCCAAGGACCUGAGGCUGGCCCCGGGACAAACCAAGGAGCUAGAGGAGAAAGUCAUGGAGCUGCAUAAAACAUACAGGUCGAUGAGUCCAGCACAGGCAGACAUGGCCUUUCUGGAGAACGCCAAGAAACUAGCCAUGUACGGAGUGGACCUUCACCAGGCCAAGGAUCUAGAUGGAGUGGAUAUUAUGCUGGGUGUGUGCUCUGGAGGUUUGAUGGUCUACAAGGACAAGCUGAGGAUCAACCGGUUCCCCUGGCCCAAAGUCCUCAAGGUCUCCUACAAACGUAGCAGCUUCUUCAUCAAGAUACGCCCCUCAGAGUUGGAGCAUUACGAAAGCGCCAUUGGUUUCAAACUGCCAAACUACAAGGCCUCCAAGAAGCUGUGGAAAGUGUGUGUGGAGCAUCACACCUUCUUCAGACUGACCUCUACUGAGGUGGCUACCACUCCCAGGAAGUUCCUAGCGCUGGGUUCUAAGUUCCGAUACAGUGGGCGGACCCAGGCCCAGACCCGCCAGGCCAGCUCUAUGAUUGACAGGCCAGCCCCCCUGUUCCAACGCUCGGCCAGCAAGAGGAACUCACGCAGCCUGGAUGAAGCCAUGGUGUCCACACCAGACAAGAGCACCCGUCCAGUCAGUGCUCCCAUUAUGUCCCCCGUCUCUCCCGGAGAUGCCGCCCCGUCCCCUGUGACCUCGGGCCUGCCCCGCAGUGUGCGGCGAGAAGCAUCCACCGCCCCGGGCCGCCAGUCACGCUCAGCAGAGAGGAAGACCAAGGAAGAGGCCAAGGUGGAGAGCAAGGUGACAGAGGUCUCCAAGACACAGAGCUCCAGACCACAGUCCACCCCAGAGUUCAAGAGGGAGGGAGCCAGGAGGAGCAGGCAUCAUGCCCCUGCAGUCACCACCACCACCAACGGGACAGAGAGAGAGAGAAAGAGCCAGCAUUCGCCCCGAGACAGACCCGGCACGGAGACGGUGCGCGUGAAGAAGAAAAGAGCUAAGAAACUUGAGGGUCAAACUAUUUAUAUCAGGCAUAGUAAUUUAAUGUUGGAGGACCUGGAUAAGACCCAUACAGAGAUCAUGCGUCACCACACCAGUAUCAGUGAGCUGAAGAGAAGCUUCAUGGAGUCUGUUCCGGAGCCGCGGCAGAGCGAGUGGGACAAACGCCUGUCCACCCACUCACCCUUCCGCACGGCCAGCAUCAACGGACAGCUGCAGUCAGGCACUGACGGGUCUAACGUGGUGAAAACACAGACUAUCACCAUCUCAGACGUGUCUAACUCCCUACGAGGAGACGUCUAUAACAAGGAGAUCCCCAUCGUGCACACUGAGACCAAGACCAUUACCUACGAGUCAGCGCAGUGUCUCCUUCAGCCCGUAGACAGCAUGGCAGAGAGGGACUCUGGAGUGCUGCUGAGUGCCCAGACCAUCACCUCAGAGACAGUCAGUACAACCACCACCACUCAGAUCACCAAGACAGUGAAAGGAGGGAUCUCAGAGACUCGCAUUGAGAAGAGGAUUGUUAUAACUGGAGACACAGAGAUUGAUCACGACAAGGCUCUGGCACAGGCCAUCAAGGAGGCGAAGGAGCAGCACCCGGACAUGUCUGUGACCAAAGUGGUGGUGCACCAGGAAACAGAGAUCACCCCAGAUUAACCCCAGGCUCAGCUCACCUCUCCUAUAACCAGGCUCCUGCAUGCUCCACCCUCCUCCCUGUCUGCAUCCUGCUUUUUUUUAUGUCUUCAUCAUUGUGACAACAUUGGUGUGGUUCUUCUUUUGCCCCACACUUUUCGGAGUCUUUUCUGCUUUUACGCUUUUUAUCUUGAGUGUUGGAUCAGGGGAAUGUUGAGGUAGUGUUACUGAAGUUGUCUCUCUCUCUCUGUCCACUGUCUGUGAAGCUGGGGGCCAAAACUACCACGGAGCCUAGGGAAGAUUAAGUCAUAUACAGCCCCCACCCCUUCCUUCUCCACUUGUGUCACCACCAGUCCUACAUGUUUACCUCAGAGCCCCCCCCCCGCCCCCCACCAGACAGACCCACACCACACCAGACUGAACCGGUCCAACCAACCAGAGUGAACAAGCUUCACUUUUGAACUGUGAACAUUGAUCCUCCCAGCCAAUGGAGUUUAACUGAAGGAGAAGGGAACAAACAUAACUCCCAGAACAAUCCCUCUCUGUCGCUCUUCCUUCCACUCUACUGCCAAAUCCCGAACGACUGGACUGGACUUUUCUAAACAACAAAAAUAUCAAAGUAAAGUAUUUGAAUUUUUUCCUCUUUCUCCCAUUUUUCUGGAGAUUUUAACGAGAAUUUUCAAAGGGAAUUUGGUCUUUUAAUUGUGUAGAGAUUGCAGGGACUUUGUUCAUAUUUUUCUAAGAUUUGUCUUCUCGUCGUAAUUGGAAAAUCGGUAUCUUCAAGGUCAACUUUGAAGGGACUCUUAUUCUGAAGGCGGAUGACAACAAGGGAUUGUGGGUGAUUUUUCUGUAACUCUUAAACCAUCAUGAUACGAGGAUCCUUCUUCAAAUCAAACAACUUUACAACCAAUUUUGGUUUCAUCUCUUGUACAGUACAAAAAGUUUGUAAUAUUUAUUUUCCCUCUCAAUGUGAAAAGUAUUUUUUCAAUUUAAGUGUAAAAAAUUUCUAAUUUCAUCCAAACAUUUUUGAGGGCCAAUUUAAUAUUUUUGAAGAAAUUACUUCAUUAUCUAUUCUUCUGGAUGAUAUUCACACCUUUUGACUGUUUUUUUAGUCGUCGUUGUUGUAGUCACACUGGAAAAAAAGGGGCUUCAUCAGGACUGGAGUGAAAGAAGCAGCGUAUUGAAAUGACAUUAUUUAUAUUUGUUAUUUUAUUUACAUCCUCUUGUCUUAUUUCUGUGUAUGUAUCCAUCAUUUUAGAUCACCCUGACUUUACAGGUUUGUAGUUACAUGUUUUUGUAUUAGGCUACUCACACUGAGUUCCAACCACCAGCUACAUAACAGUCAUUUAUUUGUACCUGGCAUGGCAGAGCGGCAGAGGCAACUUUACAAUGUCCUUCAUUUUCAUGUAUUUAUACUUUUCUACCAAAGGGGGCAGUGUUUACUCAUCCAUAAAGAUGGACCACUAUACAGAAUAUACUGUACUCUACAUGGCUAAAAGUAUGUGGAUACCGCUUCAAAUGAGUGGAUUUGGUUAUUUCAACCACACCGAUGGUGACAGGUGUAUAAAAUCGAGCACACAGCCAUGCAAUCUCCAUAGACAAACAUUGGCUGUAGAAUGGCCCGUACUGAAGAGCUCAGUGACUUUCAAUGUUGCACCAUCAUAGGAUGCCACCUUUCCAACCAGUCAGUUCGUCAAAUUUCUG